AUGGGCAACGGCAGGUUCCUGGGGGCGUCCACGACCCUGGAGGGCAUGUUGUCGGUGUUUGUAGGCGGGUAUAAAAGGGGGGAGAUAUUCUGGCGCGUGGUCUUCCUCGGCGGCGUAGUAGGUGGCUCGUACUGGCUGUCUGAAACAGCAGCCGGAGGCGUCGAUUUCGCGAAGGGGGCGUUCGAACGCCUGCCAAGCACGUACACCGAGCAGCGCGCUGCGCUCGCGGGGGGCCUCGUUGGCCUGGGCGCGUCGCUUGCGGGGGGGUCGACCCUGACUCAUGGGCUGAGUGGGCUGUCGGUCGGUGGGGUGCGGGGAGGACUGGCGACGGCCGUCAUGAUCGCUGCGGGCGCAGCGGCCGCAUCUUCGACCGGCGCCGCGGCCGCGCUCGGCGUCGACGAGAAGAAGGGCACCGCCCUUACGUCGCCUGCGAUGCCGCGCAGCGUGCAAGAGUGGACGUGGCUGGGGACCAUCAUCGUCGUGCCUGCGCUGUUCGUGUUUGCAUCGCUCAGGGGCGCGGCGCACGCGGCCACGGCGCUGGAGCGGGCGAAGAAGACGGCGUUCUUCCUCAAGCACGGUCCGAAGCGCACCGAGUCGCUCAUUCGUCGCGGGUGGAAGGUGAACGAGCUCUUCGGGGAGUUCUUCGCCGGCGCCCUCACCAUGUUCGCCCUGGGCGCGACGGGCGUCACGCACCCGUCCAAGGUGGUCGCGUUCUUGUCGUUUGCGUCCCCUGCCUGGGACCCCACGGUCGGACUGGCCAUGGCGACGGCGGCCGCGGUCGCGGCGCCCCUCGGCCUCUGGGCGCUGGGCCCCAGGUGGUUGGCAACGCGGCCCGCCUUCCGGGAGGCUUUUGCGCUGCCAUCUAAGACGGAUGUCGACCCGUUCCUGAUUCUGGGCGCGGCGCUAUUUGGGGCCGGGUGGGGCACCGGCGGCCUCUCGCCCGUGACUGCGAUCGCGAACGUGAGCCAGUGCGCGGAGAACCCCCAGAUGCUAACGUUCCUCCAGUACAUGGUGGCCGGCAUCAUGCUGCGACUCCUGGGAGCCAAGCUGGCCUCGCGCGCCGCCGGACUCAUACGCGGCAAGGCACCCCUGGCGUCGACCGGCCGCAUCUCCUCUGCCGCCGCGCCGGGCUUGCGAGAGCGUCGGUGA